AUGCCACUUCAUCGUACCGAGAUCAGACCCCUUGCCACUUGCGCCAAGGACGAGAAGCAGCUGGCCGAGCUGAAGGACACUAUCCGAGAUGUCCUCAAGCAGCUUGGCCAGACAAAGGAUUCCUAUCAGCGCCGAAAGAUAUUCAUCGGGGAUGGCCUGACCUUCGAACUGAUACUGCGACUGAUAGACUACCUGCAGCUCCAGGAGAACGAAUUCGACCGGCUUGAUCUUGUAGAGCCCUUCCUCGAGCAGUGGCAUACCGCAUGGACUAAUCUCUCCAGAAUUUUUGAGACAUUUUGGGGAGACAAGGACCUCAAAACCCCGUCGUCUCUUGGACACAAUGCGUCCAAGAUUGGUGUUAAACCACCGUCAAAUCUCAGCAAGGUUGAUUACUACAGUGGAAGACACACGGCGUACCUUGUUCUCGAUGCACGAAUGAUGGAUUGUGUCAGGGUUUACUUCGAGACGGCUGAUGUAUUUCAGUAUUUCGGAGACCUUGGGAAGGCUGCAAAGUUACUCUCCCUUGGAGCAUAUCACAACGCAAUGCUCGCAAACACGGGUCAUCCUAGCCUAAAGAUUCCGGACGGUCAACUGUGGACUCUACCAGUGUGGCUACUCGAGAAAAGGAAGAAAGAGGCAGAGGAAGAGGAGAUGAGACGACUCAUUGAGAAGGAGAAAUCAAAGUCUAAGCAUGGCGGCAAACAGCCGGGUGAGAAGCCGAAGGAUACACCGCCACCAUUCCUCGGAGACACUGCCCUCGCUGAAUCCAAACGAUUCAUGACUGACACCAUCUUGUCACGAGUUUGUGAGGUGCAGAUAAUUGAGCACUCGAAGAACGACUUAAGUGGUCCUAUCAGUCCCGGAAAAAUUGCUAAAAUAUCAGGAAAAUUCCCUCUGUCUCGUCGUAAUACUCCGGACAGAGUUGUGUCAGAGGCAGUGGCUGCAGGCCUUGUCGGGACGGUGUGGGAGAUUGAGAAGUACUGGGGCAUCUUAUUUUGGGGCACUUCUCACCACAAGUAUGCCACAUACCUGUUGGAGAUGAUCAUCAAGCUGGAGCUCAAAUACCCACCUCGACUGAAGCAAUGGUUCCUAGAGAACUUGCUGAUCAAUCCGAGCGGGGAGCCUGGGCAUGUUCAAGAAGGGGACCUCAAGUUGGAGCACAUAAACAAACCGCUUGAAAAAUCGAUUCAUCACAAAAACGAACGAUGGGACGGGCCUUUUCUCCAAGAGGUCGAGUCUCCAAAUGUCCUUGCUCUUGAGGAUAUAAAAAAGGCAUCAUAG